UGAUAGUGAAUACCCCAUGAAAAUAAUCGCGGAAAUGGCUGAAAGAUGUAAAAUAUAAACAAGAAAAAAUAGCAAGAACAAUACCACAAGAAUGUUCCACCCACAGUUCCCAAAUUUAUCAACCUGGAUUUAAAAGGUCAUUGUUAUGUUUGAUCUGCUUAGUAAAAAAGAUGGCUUUAAACGACUUUGAAGUAGACUUAAAUUAUAAUGAAGUGAGUGAUGACGAUGCACCAUUUAUUAUAAGCUAUGAUGAAAUUCUUCCAGACAGUAGUGAAAUAUUACAAGAUUGUAAUACUAGUGAACUUCUUCAGUUUAGUAAUGAGAAUGAAUCUACAUUACUUGGGCCAUCGUAUUUGCUAAAUGAAUAUGCAGCUCUAGUUAAUCACACUGAACCAGCUCAGUGUCCUUCAAUAACUGUGUCAUGGGAAAACAAUACCAUCUGUGUUGACACCACCUCCAUCUGUGUUGACACCACCUCUAGCUCACAACUAUCAGAGGUGAAUAAGAAACAAAAAAAUAAAAAUCCCAAGAAAUUAAAAAUGACGUCCCAAACCACAGUUGAUGCAGUUUCAAGUCCACAGCCGUCACAGUUAAAUAAAAAACAAAAAAAGAAAAAUCCGAAGAAACUAAAUACGACAACCCAAACCACAGUUGAUGCAGCUUCCAGUCCACAGCCGUCACAGUUAAAUAAGAAACAAAAAAAGAAAAAUCCAACGAAAUUAAAAAUGACUGCCCAUACGACAGUUGAUGUAGUUUCAAGUCCACAAACUUCACGAUUAAAAAAGAAACAAAAUAACAAAACCCAAAAACAAUUAGAAUCUACUAGCAAUGUGUUAUCAAGUGAAGAGAAAAUUAAUAAGCAGCAAAUUUUUUUGGACAUUGAGCAUGACAGUACAAUUAAAAUAACAAAAUUAAGCGAAGAUACUUGUAAAAAUAAUUUAUCCCAAAGCAUUCCUUCUGCUGAGUCCACUACCAUUCCUUUUCUUCAAACAAAAAACCAGCCUCAUCUGCCCUAUACAUCUGAGCCAGUGGAAUCUCUGCCACCUUCAACUGUAGCUUUGCUUUCUGUAAUGACAGACGUUGUCAACUCACCAAAAUAUUCUACCGUCCAAUCACUUAAUGCUCUACUCUCAUCAAACAACCAAGUAUUUCCAAAGCGCAAAUCAUGGCCACUUCUCAUGAAGAUGAUCUCUAAACCUGUAUCAGAAUCCCUCAGCGUUUCCCCAGUCAAUGAAGAUAAGCUUAAGCCUGUUGUGAUUAACGAGUUGAAGUUAAAAAAAGAAAUAAAAUGUGAAUGUACUUUCAACAACGGGGACCCUUGUUGGCUGCUGUUCAAUGAAGAGAAGCUGAGAAACGAACGGCUGCAUCAUCUGAAAAUGAACCGAGAGUGUCUGGACCGGGUUAUCCUAACCCACAUUGCUGCUAAUAUCAGCAGAGAUGAGAAAACAAAGAAAAAAUCAGAAAAACAAAGACAAAGACAUAGGUUGUAUUAUUUAUACGAAGGGAAGAAAAUAUGCAGAGAAACAUUCCUUUUCAUUCACGGCAUCUGCAAAGGCCGUCUUUCUGCUCUGAUUCAGCACUACAAGCAGCAAGGACUUAGUGCGCGAGUACACGGAAAUAAAAGCAAUGUCCCCCAUCAUGCCCUGAGUCUCAAUGACAACCAGAGGGUUUUAGAUUUUAUUCAAGACUACGCAAGCAGCCAUCAUGUACCGGCUGAGGGAGAAGGGUCUGGGAAAAAAUCUGGCGGUGAACUUUUAAUAUUGCCCCCAUCCCACUCCAAGCUUUUUGUCCAUUACCAGUACAAAACCUGGUGUGGUAAAAACAACCAUCGUGCUGUUUCUGUUAGAUCAUUCCAGAAUCUUUGGACAAAGCAUUUACCUAAUGUUGUUGUGCUCAGGGGGAGUAAAAAAAAGCAAAAAGCAGAGGAAGGAGUUGAGGGAACUGUUGAUAAUAAUACUGAGAAAAAUGACUUGAACUUGGCAACACAAACCGAAGACAUUGAUUCUAUGCCUCAUUCAUAUCCAGAAUUAGUGCUGGAGUUUUCAAAACCGUCAACUGAUAACGAAAAUGAAGUUAGUGAUUUCGACAAGAGCUUAAAAGAAGAUGCAGAUUUUGAUGUUUGGAACAAGUCUAAGAGGAAACGUAAAGCCUUGCUUCCUCGAAAAGUAGAGACUCUCACAGGUCUCCCCUCAUCUGCCACUGACAGUUUCUUUGACACGGCGCUAGAUGACACGCGGCUGUCAUCAAAUUCGUCCAGCAGCAUCACCAGCAUGCUUGAGAUCAUCAGCGGCAACCACAGUGUGGAUAACUGUGACAGCGAACUGUUCAGCCAUGACUCUCAGCUCUCAGCUUCGUAUUUCUCUAAACACCACAGCCGACUGUCCUCAGACCCAAUGCUGAUUGAUGGAAGUAAAGAUUCCAGAAAUUCUUUUCACAAGGCAAAGAAGAGAAUGCAUCAUUUGAGUUGUACAUCAAACAGCAACAGCAUGAUGGAUAACCAUUCGCUUCACCAUUCUGAUAAGCUGGACAGUUGUUUGAAUGACCAGUCCCUAAUCACUGACAAGGACUUUGGCAGUAUGACACAGCUAUUGGACUGGCAGUCUUGGCAGUCAGGGGGCUCUUUGUUGAUCUAAAUACGUGA